UCGUUGUUGCGAGGUGCUCGACGCUCUCGGAGAGUCUGACUGCUCGUCAACAUGAUGGGACCACCGGGAAUACCGCCUCACUUUCCUCCCAUGGGAAUGCCUCCUAUGGGACAGCGACCUCCCAGCAUGACUCCGUUGCCACCUGGUAUAAUUCCUCCAGGCAUCAUGCCGCCAAUGGCGGCACCACCAAUGGGACAGAUGCCUGGUAUGAUGCCACCCAUGAUACCAGGGAUGAUGAUACCCCCUCGCAUCCCCGCUGCAAAUGUACAACCAACAGGACCGCCUGGUGUUGACUCAGCAGCACCUGCCCCUGGAACAUCUACUACUACAAAUGGAUCUCCACAAGAAGAACAGACAAAGAAGAAGUCCUUGUGGACAGAACACAAAUCACUGGAUGGGAAGACCUAUUAUUACAACACGGAGACCAAGCAGUCCACAUGGGAGAAACCAGAUGAACUCAAGUCUCCUGCAGAGCAAAUGCUGUCUAAAUGCCCCUGGAAGGAAUACAAGUCAGACACUGGGAAGCCUUAUUAUUACAACUCUCAGACGAAGGAGUCUAGAUGGACCAAACCCAAAGAGCUGGAGGAUCUGGAAGCUCUGAUCAAAGCAGAGGAGAAUGGAACCACGGCUUUAUUGUCAUGGUUUGAUUCCAGAACGGCAGAGACAGCAGCCCCAGGGACUACUGCAGCUCCUGUGGUGCAAGUAGAUAAUACAGCUACUAUGGUGACAGUAUUGGAGGCGGAGACAGCGGCAGCGGUCUCAGAGGAACACCAGUCCCAGGCGACUGUGCAUCAGACAGCUGAGGUCAAGACAGAGGAUGCACCUGCGGUUUCCACCGAGAGCUCAGUUGUCACAGAGAGCGCACCCAGUGUGAAAGUCAUAAAGGAAGAGCUGCCUGAGAUUCAGAAGAAAACGUACAAAUGGAACACAAAAGAGGAGGCUAAGCAGGCGUUCAAGGAGCUGCUGAAGGAGAAGGGUGUGUCAUCCAACUCCUCCUGGGAGCAGGCCAUGAAAUUGAUCAUCAAUGAUCCUCGCUACAGUGCACUUCCUAAACUGAGUGAAAAGAAACAGGCCUUCAACGCCUACAAAGUCCAAACCGAGAAAGAAGAGAAGGAGGAGGCCAGGAUCAAAUACAAGGAGUCCAAAGAGACGUUUCAGAGAUUCCUGGAGAACCACGACAAGAUGACGUCCACCACCAGAUACAAGAAAGCCGAGCAGAUGUUCAGUGAACUUGAGGUGUGGAGUUGUGUUCCUGAAAGAGACAGACUGGAGAUCUAUGAAGAUGUUUUGUUCUACCUUGCUAAAAAAGAGAAGGAACAAGCCAAGCAGCUGAGAAAGAGAAACUGGGAGGCGCUGAAAAACAUUCUGGACAACAUGGCCAACGUCACGUACCGCACCACCUGGUCCGAGGCUCAGCAGUACCUGCUUGACAACCCUACCUUUGCAGAGGACGAGGAGCUGCAGAAUAUGGACAAAGAGGAUGCCCUCAUUUGUUUCGAAGAGCACAUACGUGCACUGGAAAAAGAGGAGGAAGAGGAGAAACAGAAGACUCUUCUCAGGGAGAGAAGACGGCAGCGCAAGAACAGAGAGUCCUUCCAGAAAUUUCUGGAUGAGCUCCACGACCACGGCCAGCUUCACUCCAUGUCUUCCUGGAUGGAGAUGUACCCGACCCUGAGCUCAGACAUGCGCUUCGCCAACAUGCUGGGCCAGCCUGGUUCUACUCCUUUGGACCUUUUUAAAUUCUAUGUGGAGGACUUGAAAGCCCGUUACCAUGACGAAAAACGAAUAAUCAAAGAUAUUUUGAAGGACAAAGGAUUUCUGGUGGAGGUGAACACCACCUUUGAUGACUUCGGGUCGGUCAUCAGCUCAGACAAGAGAGCCACCACGCUGGACACGGGAAAUAUAAAGCUGGCUUUCAACAGCGUAAGACUCUUUUUACUGGAGAAGGCUGAAGCCAGAGAGAGGGAGCGAGAGAAGGAGGAAGCCCGCAAGAUGAAGAGAAAAGAAGCGGCGUUCAAGAACAUGCUGAAGCAGGCCACGCCGCCGCUGGAGCCGGAGUCUACGUGGGAGGGCGUCAGAGACAGAUUCUUAAAGGAAGCUGCCUUUGAAGAUGUGACUCUGGAGUCGGAGAGGAAGAGAAUAUUCAAAGAUUUCAUACAUGUCCUGGAGCACGAAUGCCAACAUCACCAUUCUAAGACGAAGAAGCACUCCAAGAAGUCCAAGAAGCACCACAGGAAACGAUCCCGCUCUCGAUCAGGCUCCGAGUCUGAAGAUGAUGAGUACCACAAGAAGAAGAAGAGGUCGCAGUCCAAAUCUCCCUCAGACCGCUCAACUAGUGGAGAGUCCGAGAGAAGCUAUAAGAAGUCCAAGAAGCACAAGAAGAAAGGCAAGAAACGGCGCCACAAGUCUGCAUCGCCAGACUCUGAUAAUGAGAAGAAAGGCCGAGAGCGUGAUGGGAGGCGCGAAAAGGAUGCGGAGAAGGACAAAGAGAACGACAAAUCUCGAGGGAAAUCUCGCUCAGACUCUAAACAGAAAUCUCCUAAAAGGAAAUCGGCCAAAGAGGAGGGCGGCUGGGAUACAUCAGGCAGCGAGCUGAGCGAAGGAGAGCUGGAGAAAAGAAGAAGAACUUUACUGGAGCAGCUGGAUGCACCUUGAUGCCCACUGUUAUUUCUGGUCCUUCAGUUCUCCAAGCACGCAUUCCCCGCAGGCCCACGUGACUCUGCGGUGGCUCCGGACUGAGAAAACACUGCUCACUGGCUUUUAUGGGAAUGUGCUCCACUGUCCUAACAAUUAUUGAGUAAUUUGAUAUCAGAACGCCUGAUCACUUGGAAGAUAUCCAGCUGUUUGUUGGAAGCUUCAGUUCUUUUCUUUAGUUGGCUGUAGUUGUACGUUCUCCAUUCGUCAGUUCUUUUUAUUUCAAUUACCGGUAAAGGCAAAUCUAGUCAUUUUGUCUUUACGAAAAAAAACUGAAAAAUGUAUUAAUUGCUCUUCUUUUUUUAAUAGACUGUAACCAGUUAGUUAGAAAGUAAUAAAAUAUUGUUUCCAUUAA